GGUAGUCUGGCAGGAGCUGCAUAGCUUUUUGUGAGCGGCGGUCUAGUCUCUGCCCGGGCGCCACAACCAAGGAAGGGCUGCGCGCGCGUUUUUCUAAGUAACAGCGCGAGCGAGGUAGGGGGAGGAACGCAGAGAGUGCUACAGAGCUCGGCAUGGUCUCCAUGAUGGCGAAAGUUUGUGCUAUCUUUGGAGGAUCCAGAGGAAUUGGAAAAGCUGUUGCACAACUGCUGGCAUGGAAAGGAUACCGCUUGGCUAUUAUUGCUAGAAAUCUGGAAGUAGCUCAAACUACUGUGAAUCGUCUUGGGGCAGGUCAUAUGGCACUUAGCUGUGAUGUAGCCAUGGAACAAGAUGUCCAAAAUACACUUCAGGAGGUGGAGAGGAAUUUAGGUCAUGUUAAUUACUUGGUUAAUGCUGCUGGAGUCAACAGGGAUGGCUUGUUGCUGAGAACAUCUGAAGAUAUGGUAUCCCAAAUUAACACUAACCUUCUGGGAACAAUGUUGACAUGCAAAGCUGCUGUAAGACAUAUGCUUCAACAGCAGGGAGGUGCUAUUGUUAACAUAGGUGAAUUGUUUGGACUCAAGGGCAAUUCUGGUCAGAGUGUGUACAGUGCCAGCAAAGCAGGAUUAGUUGGAUUUUCACGCUCUCUUGCUAAAGAAGUAGCAAGAAAGAAAUUCGAGGUCAACAUGGUUGCUCCGGGCUUUGUUCACACAGAGAUGACUGCACAUUUGAAAGAAGAUCAGUUGAAGAAAACUAUUCCUCUUGGAAGAUUUGGAGAGCGUGAUGAAGUUGCACAAGCUGUUGUCUUUCUUCUGGAGUCUCCCUAUAUUACAGGGCAUAUUCUAGUUGUAGAUGGAGGCUUGCAGCUUGUAAUUUAAAUUCCACAACAGUACUUAUAAAAUGACCUGAAUGGAGAAAAAUAAACUUGGCUGAUGAAGAUUCUGA